AUGGAGGCGUUGAUACCCAUCAUAAACAAACUGCAGGACGUGUUCAACACGAUCGGCACCGACGCCAUACUCCUGCCGCAGAUCGUUGUGGUCGGCGCCCAAUCCUCAGGCAAAUCAUCGGUACUUGAGUCGAUCGUUGGCCGCGAUUUCCUGCCCCGCGGGUCGGGUAUAGUCACCCGACGACCGCUGAUACUACAGCUCCAGCACGUGGCCAAAGACGACCACACCGUACGCGACGCCAGCGACGGCACACUGGACGCCGCCGAGUGGGCGCAGUUCCUGCACACGAAGAACAAGGUGUACACCGACUUCGACGCCGUGCGGCGCGAGAUCGAGGCCGAGACGGAGCGUAUGGGCGGCUCGAACCGCGGCAUCUGCCCGGAGCCCAUCAAUCUGAAGAUAUACAGCGACCGAGUGGUGAAUCUGACGCUCGUAGACCUGCCGGGCAUCACGAAAGUGCCGGUCGGCGAUCAGCCCGAAGACAUCGAGAUACAGAUCCGCAAUCUGAUCGUGAAGUACAUCGCGAACCCCAACAGCAUUAUACUGGCCGUCACGCCGGCCAACACCGACUUCGCCACCAGCGAGGCGUUGAAAUUGGCCAAAGAUGUGGACCCGGAUGGCCGCCGAACGCUGGCCGUGAUCACCAAAUUGGAUCUGAUGGACGCCGGCACCGACGCCAUAGACGUGCUGUGCGGUCGCGUUAUACCCGUUAAGUUGGGUAUCAUUGGUGUGGUUAAUAGGUCUCAACAGGACAUCAUCAACAAGAAGUCCAUCGACGACGCGCUGAAGGACGAGCUCCUGUACCUGCAACGCAAGUACCCCUCGUUGGCCACCCGUAACGGCACGCCCUAUACCGCCAAGACGUUGAACCGACUGUUGAUGCAUCACAUCCGCGACUGUCUCCCGGAGCUGAAGACACGCGUCAACGUAAUGGUGUCUCAGUUCCAGUCGCUGCUCAACUCGUACGGCAUCGCCGUCGACGACCCGCCGCAGACACUCCUGCAGAUCAUCACGAAGUUUGCCAGCAGUUACUGCUCGACCAUUGAGGGCACCGCACGUAAUAUUGAGACCACGGAGUUGUGCGGCGGCGCCCGCAUCUGCUAUAUCUUUCACGAGACGUUUGGCCGUACGCUGGACUCGAUUCACCCGUUGGGCGGUCUGACCACACUUGAUAUACUCACCGCUAUUAGAAACGCUACGGGUCCGCGACCGGCACUCUUUGUACCGGAAGUGUCAUUCGAGCUGCUGGUGAAGCGCCAGAUCCGACGCCUGGAGGAGCCCUCCCUCCGGUGCGUCGAACUCGUUCACGAAGAGAUGCAACGCAUUGUCCAACACUGCGGCCUCGAAAUACAGCAGGAAAUGCUGCGCUUUCCCAAACUGCACGAACGCAUUAUGGAUGUGGUGACCCAAAUGCUGCGCCGACGGCUGCCGCCGACCAACUCGAUGGUCGAGAAUCUGGUGGCCGUGGAGUUGGCCUACAUUAACACCAAACACCCGGACUUUCACGACGCCCAACUUGUCGGGCAGUUGAUCAAGAAUAGCGAAGAGAAACGCAAUACGGGUUCAGUGGCCGCCAGUCUCCAGCGUAUGCGCGACCACUCGACCGACCCGUCGCCCACCGACGAUCAACGGCAUCGCUCGCAACAGCACGUGGCCGGCGGUGACGGGGCCGCUAAGGCCGAUGGGGCCACCAGUGGUUUUUUCGCCAACUUUCGCGGCGGUAGUAAAGACCAGCAAAAUAAUGGUAACUCUAGUAAUAGGGGCGCCGAUAGCGGCCCGUCGACCGCCUCCAACAACAUCAACGGCGACGCCGACAGCGGUCUGGACGAGGCCACAGCCGGUCUGGUGCUGUCGCCCUCGCGAGUGCAGUCGCCGAUGAAAGCGGUGAACCUAUUGCCAGAAGUGCCGACCAACACAAACACACGCCGACUGUCGCCGCGAGAACAGCGCGACUGCGAUGUGAUCGAGCGCUUGAUUAAGUCCUACUUCAUGAUCAUCAGGAAGAACAUCCAGGACACUGUGCCCAAAGCGAUCAUGCACUUUCUGGUCAACUUCGUGAAGGACAAUUUGCAGUCCGAACUCGUGACGCAUCUCUACAAACACGACCAGUUCCAGCACCUGUUGCAGGAGUCGGAGCACAUCGCGAUCCGGCGCCGGGAGGCCAGCGAGAUGUUGAAAGCCCUCCAGAGGGCCAAUCAGAUCAUUGGCGAAAUACGCGAGACUCACAUCUGGUGA